UACCAAUCGUGUCUUAACGCAGCGAUAGACUCUCUCAUUCAUUCUUUCUCAAUCAAAAUCCCAAAAAUCUUUCGAAAUCUCUCCGACAAUGUCUGCUUACAAGGGCAAAUACUAUGAUGAGCUUAUUGCCAACGCUGCUUACAUUGGAACCCCUGGAAAGGGUAUCCUUGCGGCUGACGAGUCAACUGGCACAAUCGGAAAGCGUCUCUCGAGCAUCAAUGUAGAGAAUGUCGAGUCAAACAGGCGUGCUCUGCGUGAGCUCCUUUUCACCGCCCCUGGUGCCCUCCAAUACCUCAGUGGAGUAAUCCUUUUUGAGGAAACCCUUUACCAAUCUACAGCCGCUGGAAAGCCUUUUGUUGAGGUCUUGAAGGAAGGUGGAGUCCUUCCCGGCAUCAAGGUCGACAAGGGUACUGUUGAACUCGCCGGAACAAACGGCGAGACCACCACCCAGGGUCUUGAUGGCCUUGCUCAGCGCUGUCAGAAGUACUAUGAAGCUGGUGCCCGUUUCGCCAAGUGGCGUGCUGUGCUCAAUAUUGGCUCCAACGAGCCGUCUCAGCUGGCCAUCAAUGAGAAUGCCAAUGGCUUGGCGAGAUACGCCAUCAUUUGCCAAGAAAAUGGUCUUGUCCCAAUUGUUGAGCCUGAGAUCCUUGUUGAUGGACCCCAUGACAUUAGCAAGUGUGCUGAGGUGACCGAACGUGUUCUCGCUGCUGUCUACAAGGCCUUGAACGACCACCAUGUCCUCCUUGAGGGAACUCUUUUAAAGCCCAACAUGGUCACUCCUGGAUCAGAUUCCAAAAAGGUUGCACCCGAGGUGGUCGCUGAGUACACUGUCCGUGCCCUGCAGCGCACCAUGCCAGCUGCGGUGCCCGCUGUUGUGUUCCUGUCUGGUGGACAGAGUGAAGAGGAGGCUACCCUCAACCUGAAUGCCAUGAACAAGCUCCAGGGAAAGAAGCCAUGGACUCUUACCUUCUCCUUUGGACGUGCUCUUCAACAGAGCACCCUCAAGGCUUGGGCAGGAAAGGAGGAGAAUAUUCCCAAGGCCCAGGCUGCUUUGCUCACCAGGUGCAAGGCCAACUCAGAGGCGACCCUCGGAACCUACAAGGGCAAUGCCACCCUUGCCGAGGGUGCCGCCGAAAGCCUCCAUGUUAAGGACUACAAGUACUGAGCAUGAAGUUUUUCAUUGGCAAAAAGAACUGUGAGGCAUUAUUUCCUGUUUUUCCUUUCGUGUAUGAGGCCCAGGCUGUCAAAAUCCUUGGGGUUCAUUUUUAAAUUUUCUGUUUUGGGUAGAUUGAUUAAGCUUGAAUAGCUUUUUUCAUGGCGAGAUUGAGAGGGUUUUCUUUAUUUUUAUCUUUGAGAACAAUUUCUCAUUAUUUUUCUUUGAUAAGAGGCUGAGUACAGGAGUCACUUGGCUCUGUAAGUUGUCGAGGAUUUGUUCUUUAAUAAUUUAUAACCCUUUUUCCAAUUAUUUAAA